GGGGAGCGGAGCAGGCUACCGGAGUCGCUACGGCGGGCCAUGCAGAGUGCGGAGGCACUUACUGCUAAGAACGAAGGGCUGGUCCUCUGCAUCUGCCUUUCUUACGGAGGUCGACAGGACAUCACGAGAGCCGCCCAAGAGCUAUGCAGGCUUGUGCAGGACGGCAAACUGAAACCAGAACAGGUCACGGAGAAGCUGUUAGCAGAACGGCUGUCCACACACGUCUCCACUGCGGCGGUUGGGGAACCGGACUUGUUAAUACGCACCAGCGGGGAGCAAAGGCUGUCGAAUUUCCUGCUUUGGGAAUGUGCGUAUGCGGAGCUGUACUUCACGGAGCGUUGCUGGCCGGAGUUCGACCGGGGGGACUGGGAUGCUGCCAUGCUGUACUAUGCGUCCAGGCAGCGCCGUUAUGGAAAACGCAAUGGUGAC